AUGGGAGGUGGUGGUGGAGCUCAAAGAACAAGAAUGAGAGUUAGCAAGGCUUGUGAUAGAUGUAGAACUCAAAAGAUUAAAUGUUCUGCAUCAUUUCCUUGUGAACCUUGUAAACGAAAUAAGAAAGAAUGUACAUAUUCUGCCAUUUACAAUACUCCUGGUAAUUUGUCUCAAUUCCCACUUUCGAAACGUCAAAGAGUUUUAGUUGAACCAUUUGGAUUACCCGUGGUUAGUAGAACAAAUGAUGGAGAAUAUAUUUCUCAUUUGGAAAAUAGAGUUCAUUAUCUUGAAAGUUUAUUAUCAACCAGUACUUCAUCAACAUUUAAACCUCCAGUUACUAAGGAACCUGAAAAUCCGGAAUUAGAAAAAAUCUUAAUAAAUCCAAGUAGUAAAUGGAGAUUCCUGAGAAGACAUCAAAAUUUAUUAAUUAGUGAAUUAUGUAAAUCGAUGUAUGAGAAUUUAUCUGAAGAACUGAAAAAGGAAGUCACUCUUCCAAGAACUCAAUACUUUGGUUGGAAUAUGUCAGGAUGUAGUUAUAUUAGUUCUGAAGAAUUACCAAAAUUACCUGAAUUUGUUAUUUUCCCCGAAGAAUAUGUUGAUUAUUAUUUUAAAGAAAUCAAUCCUUUAUUUGCUAUCAUUCAUGAAACAGUGUUUAGAGAACAACUUUUGGCUUAUGAUAAGUUACUUAGGGAACAAUUUUCACUUAAUAAGAAUGUCAAUGAUCGUGAUUCUAAAACAAAUCAAACGAGACUUUUCAGUGCAAUUUUAUAUUUAACUUGUGCUUUAUCAAUCAGAUUUAUGGAAAUGCAAAAACCAAAGGGUCCAUCAAUGGACAAAUUAAAACUCGAAGAGAAAUUAUUUAAAUAUGGGUAUCAAGUGGUUUCAAUUUUAAGUUUUGAAUGGGAAUCAUUUGAAUUAGUUCAAAGUUGGUUACUAAUCGCUUUAUAUUUAAGAGUUAGUCAUCGUCAAACUUCAUCCUUCCAUGCGUUAGGUCAAGCUAUCACUAUGACAAAAGCUAUGGGUAUUGGCCAAGAUAAUCCAAAACUUCACGUUUCGACUCCUUAUGAACGAUUAAAAGCGAAAAGAAUCUUUUGGUGUGUUUAUACAUUUGAUAGAUUAUUUGGAUUACAAACCGGUAGAUAUUGUGGAUUAAGAGAUGAAGAUUUAGCAAGAAAAUAUCCAACUUUUGAUUUCCAGGAAGAAACUAUACGUGAUGAUUGGAUAACUUUACCUGCGUUUGCAUUAAUCCAUAUUGCUAGAAUUUCAAAUUUCGUUCAUACUUCAGUUGAUGAUAGUCCUGAAUUAGUCAAAUAUCAACAAAUCAAUAAAGAAUUAGUUCAAUUACAUGAUUGGUUUAAUAAUAAUGGAUUUAGAAAUUUAACUUUAUUCAGUAAGAUAGCUGAACCUGAUAUCACAGGACAAUUACAACAAAAACAUGGGGGAAAUGUUACUAUCAGUUCCUUAGUUAAAGUUCAAGUUAAAUUACAUUAUUAUGAUUUAGUAAUGUGUUUCCAUGGAAAGAUAUUAUUUAAUUAUAUUGGUAGAAGAAUCACAAGUCAUGGUUUAAAAAUUGAGAUGGUUUUAGAUGCAUGUCAUGGUAUACUUGAAGUUUUAGAUAAAACCAAUAAAGCUGGAUUAUUAUAUACACCAUGGUAUUUGGUAUUAUUAUUAUUAUUUAAUACGGGGGUUAAUGCGGUUACAUUAAUCAAUAGUGGUAUAUUUGUGGAUCAAGCAAGAGGGAUUUUAAAAGGUACGAUUCGAUUAUUAACUAUUUUAAAGAAAUCACCAGUUAGAAAUGAACAAGGUAAAAUCAUUAUUAAAGAAAGAUUUAAGAUGGUUAAAGAAUGUUUAUGGGCUUUAAAGACUGCCAAUAGAAUCUUAUCCUUACGUUUACAAGAAGAUAUCAAAGCGCUUGAUUCUAUUGGAACCGAUCAUGGAUCUUCAGAUGUCAAUAAGGCCAGUUUUAUUCAAUUAGGUUUGAAUAAUGAACCAAGAGAAGGCUCAUCUACUCAAUUAGAAAAACCUAAGGAUGAAUUUAACGACUUGUUAGAAAAACAAUUGCACAGAGCUGAUGAUUUUAUGGAACUGUCCUCGUCAAAUAUGGAUAAUAUUACUCCAGGUGGUACAGUGAUGGAUAAUAAUGGCCCUAUUGAUCCUAAUAGUGCUAGUGCUGAUGAUGUUGAUAAUUUAUUUAGUAAUCUUAGAUGGUUUGAUCAAUGGAUGGAUUUCAAUUAUGAUUUUUAA